CGGCCAUCUCUGUGGAAUUUGCAUGUUCUACCCGUGCAAGAAAUCCUUCCACCAUGUGACUGGUCUCUGUGGGCAUUUGCUUUGCAGCGGAAUUGGGUCGAGCCCUGAUGAACAACGAAGGCCUUGUGGCCACCAACACUUUCCUGAAGCACAGAGGAGUAAUAAUAAUAAUGAGAAUGUUAGCCCACAGAUGCAUGUGGACGUGAGAUGCUCCUUGCACCGUUGGACACUUCCUGCUCAGCUUCCUGCUCAGGUGGGUGAAGUGAUAGCUUCCUGUCUGCAGGUCCAGCCUGCUCAGGUGUCUGUUCAUAAGCUCAUUAUUUAUUAUUCAACGCCUGACUGGCUAAAGGGGCCAAAUGGCUUUGGAUGUGUUGCUAUGGAUGACGUCAGCCAUGGACUUAAGGACACAAACAACCAAAGGAGGUCAUUGUAUGGAGUCUAUCCCUACAAGUCCAGCAUGAUUGGCUUGGAGAACCUUGGAGAUCCGUCGGCUAACUGGGACAUCGUGGAGACCAUUGGCAAAGGCACGUAUGGAAAAGUCUACAAGGUGACCAACAAGAAGGAUGGGAGUCAGGCGGCAGUCAAAGUGCUGGACCCCAUCAACCAUCCAAGCCACACCAACAGAGACGUGGAUGAGGAGAUCGAGGCGGAAUACAACAUCUUGAGGUCGCUGUCCAACCAUCCCAACGUGGUGAAGUUUUACGGCAUGUUUUACAAGUCGGAAAAUAUGUCGGGGGGUCAACUGUGGCUGGUGCUGGAGCUGUGCAAUGGCGGUUCCGUGACAGAGCUGAUCAAAGGGCUGCUGAUGCGAGGCCAACGCCUGCAGGAGUCGGUUAUAGCGUACAUCCUGUACAGCGCCCUCCUGGGUCUCCAGCACUUACACAACAACAGGAUUAUCCAUCGUGAUGUCAAAGGCAACAACAUCCUCCUGACGACUGAGGGAGGGGUCAAACUGGUUGAUUUUGGGGUUUCAGCGCAGCUGACCAGCGCACGACUGCGAAGGAACACAUCGGUGGGCACCCCGUUUUGGAUGGCCCCUGAGGUCAUCGCCUGUGAGCAGCAGUACGACUACUCGUACGACGCCCGCUGUGAUGUGUGGUCUCUGGGCAUCACGGCCAUCGAGCUGGCUGAUGGAGACCCCCCACUGGCUGAGAUGCACCCCGUGAAAGCCCUCUUCAAGAUCCCAAGAAAUCCUUCCCCUACGCUGAGACACCCGGACCAGUGGUGCAGAAGUUUCAGUCAUUUCAUCGGCCAGUGUCUGAUCAAGGAUUUCGAGGCACGUCCAUCCGUGACUCACCUUCUGGAGCAUCCCUUCAUCAAGCAGGCCCACGGUAAAGACGUGGCGCUGCGACAGCAGUUGGCGGCGCUCAUCAAGGAGCAGCAAGAUGUAGGCUGUGCGGCCAAAACUAAGCACGAACGGAUCAAUACUCGUAAAACCCUCAUCAUAGAAGGAAGUCCUGAUGAUGAUCUGGUCAACCUGGAGUUCUUGGACGAGGAGACCAUUAUCGGCCAUCUCCACAAGCGCUGUAAUGAGCUGCAAGUGUACACGUAUGUGGGAGACAUCCUCAUUGCGCUCAAUCCUUUCCAGAACCUCAGCAUCUACUCACCACAGUUUUCUAAGCUAUACCACGGUGUGAAGAGGGCCGACAACCCCCCGCACAUCUUUGCAACGGCGGAUGCAGCCUACCAAAGCAUGGUGACCUUCUGCAAAGAUCAGUGUAUCAUCAUCAGUGGAGAAAGUGGUGCUGGAAAAACAGAGAGCGCUCAUCUGAUUGUUCAACAUCUUACCUUCUUAGGAAAGGCAAACAACAGGACGUUACGUGAGAAGAUCCUGCAGGUGAACCCUCUUGUGGAGGCCUUUGGGAACGCCUGCACUGCCAUCAACGACAACUCCAGCCGCUUUGGGAAGUACCUGGAGAUGAAGUUCACGCCCACUGGAGCGGUCAUUGGCGCCAAAAUGUCCGAGUACCUGCUGGAGAAGUCGAGGGUCAUCAAGCAAGCGACGGGGGAAAAGAACUUCCACAUCUUUUAUUACAUGUAUGCAGGACUUUACCACCAAGAUGAGCUGAAGACAUACAGAUUACCAGACAGGACGGCUCCCAGGUACAUUGACAGUCCGCACUGUAAAGUCAUGCAAGACAUCAUCUCCAGCAAACUCUACAAGGAGCAGUUUGAAGUCAUCCAGGAAUGCUUCCGCAACAUCGGCUUUACUGAGGAGGAGGUCAGCUCGGUGUACAGGAUUCUAUCUGCCAUCUUGAACACGGGCAAUAUUGAAUUUGCUGCCAUCACGUCCCAACACCAGACCGAUAAGAGUGAAGUGCCGAAUUCCGAGGCCUUGGAGAACGCCGCUUCCCUCCUCUGCAUCGGGCCCGAGGAGCUCCAGGAGGCGCUGACCUCCCAGUGCGUGGUCACCAGGGGCGAGACCAUCAUACGCACCAACACGGUGGACAAAGCGGUGGACGUGCGGGACGCCAUGUCCAAAGCGUUGUACGGACGACUUUUCAGCUGGAUCGUCAACCGCAUCAACACGUUGCUGCAGCCCGACAUGAACAUCUGUGCCGCAGAGAGCAGCAUGAACGUGGGAAUCCUGGACAUCUUUGGCUUUGAAAACUUCAAGAAGAACUCCUUUGAACAAUUGUGCAUCAACAUCGCAAACGAGCAGAUCCAGUUUUACUUCAACCAGCACAUUUUUGCCCUGGAACAGAUGGAGUACCAGAGCGAGGGAGUGGAUGCCAGCCUGGUGGAGUACGAGGACAACAGGCCCAUCCUGGACAUGUUCCUGCAGAAACCCAUGGGUCUGCUCUCCCUGCUGGAUGAGGAGAGCCGCUUCCCACAGGCCACCGACCACACCUUAGUGGACAAGUUUGAAGACAAUCUCCGCUGCAAAUACUUUUGGAUACCGAAACGGCUCGAGCUUUCGUUUGGGAUUCUGCACUUUGCAGGAAAGGUGAUGUACAGCGUGGCUGGCUUUCUGGAGAAGAACCGAGACACUCUCCCUGCAGACAUCGUGGUUGUGCUGAGAACAUCCGAGAACAAACUUCUUCAGCAGCUCUUCUCCAGCCCUUUAACUAAAAUAGGGAACCUCGCUACGGCCCGAGCCCGGGUGAGCGCCGCAUCUCGGUCUCUGCCUCCGCAGCUCAGCUCAGGACACAGCAAGUCUCCCAAAUACCUCUUGAAGGUGGACACCAUGGAGAUGAUGCGGCACCCGGAGGAAACCACCAACAUGAGGAGACAGACGGUGGCCUCCUAUUUCCGUUACUCGCUGAUGGACUUGCUGUCUAAGAUGGUGGUGGGUCAGCCACACUUUGUACGCUGCAUCAAGCCCAACGACGACAGGAAGGCGCUGUGCUUCUGCAAGGACAGGGUGAUGGUGCAGCUGCGCUACACGGGCAUCCUGGAAACGGUCAGCAUUCGCCGCCAGGGAUACUCCCACCGCAUUCGCUUUGAAGAGUUUGUCAACAGGCGCAGUCCCAACGACACCUCCUCAUUAGCUAAGUACUUUGUUUGUGUUCUUAAAAAAUAUGUCUCGGAUUUACAAGAUAAGCAAAACAUAAAAUCAUAACACUUCUUGUUGCUAAUUGAAUUAAACCAAAAAUGUUAUUAUAUAUUAUGUUGAUGAAUUAUUGAAGCUAUACAAAUAAAAUUAAUAUAUGUAAAUAUAAUAAUGUUUUUUUAAUUUUAGAUGUUAUUUAUUAAUGUAUGUAUUAAUUAAUUGUGAUUAACUAAUUAAUCAUCAAUCAUUAACACCCCUAUAGUCACAUUUGCACUCUUAUUACCCAAUAUAAUAGACAUAAUAAGAGAAUUAAUUAAUUAAUCAUUAAUUAAUUAAUGUAAUUGUAUUUUUUAAUCAAAGGCAUUCUAUUCUAUUGGAGUUAUUUUCCCAAACUAAAAGUAAUUGAAUUCCUUCUUCAUAAAUAUAAUUAUUUACUGGGUAAAGCCACAAAUAUGGACAACUAUGAAAGGAAAAUUGUAAAAAAAAAAAAAAAACUUUUCUGCAAUACUUUGUCGUAGUGUUAGAAAUGAAAUGUGUUCCCUCUUACAUCAGAGGAACACAUUCCGACAGCAAGGCAGUCUCACCUUCCAAAGGUCACCUCAAUAUCGAUACCGUUGGGAAUGGAAUAUUUUCCCUCUGUUGAUAGGACACAUAGUUUCCAGAUAUGCUACUAUUUCCUGUAAAUCUCUGUCUGAGGAGCGAUUAGCUGUCCAACGGAGACAAGUUGAUGCCUCGUAUCGUAACAUCGAAAAAAAGGGAAGUUUACACCCGUUGUAGGACCUCUCUGACAGAAUUCAUACAUGACAGCGGAACGGGGUUCUUCUUUGGGCGAUCAGUUGGGCUUCGCUAAACCGUUGUUGGACGCUAGUCCAGCGUAGGCAUUGCAGUUUUUUGUUUUCGAUUGUAAACUGCAAACUGUCCUUGAAACCCCGAGACUCGAAAGUCUGCUUCUUGCUGAAUGUGCACUAUGAUUAACAAAGUGACCCAGCAUGCUUUGCGGUGGGAAUGCAUGGGUGUAAUAUUGGCAUUUGUGUUGUGAUUCGGCAUUUAUUUAGUCGUGUGUCACGUGUAGUGGUUUUUAUUUGACUGUUGUCUGGAUGGCUACAUAUUUUUUAAAAAAUGUCUAAAAUUGACAUUAAAUAAAGCAUCUGGUGAACCCAAUUUGACCAUUGGGGGCCGUACUUUGCCAACCCCAUGGCUCGUUGACUUUAAAGAGUCAGCUCUAUGACUAUAGAACCCUGAUCUCCUGACUGUGAGGCCAACAUGCUAACCACUAAGCCACAAUGUGACAAUGAGAGGCGGGGUGCUUUUAAUAUUUCAACUCUAUACUGAUAGAAUUACAUCGUUUUUCCUCACAAAUUUCACUUGGGAUUUAUUCUUGUAAAAUUAUAGUAUUUUUUUCCCCCAUUUCUGUUAUUUUUCUGUUAUUUUCUUAAUUUAAUCAAAAUUUUCUUUUUGUAAUUAUGACUUUUUACCCAAAUUUUGAUAUUAUUCCUGUAACAUUAUACCUUUUUCCACAACCUAAUUUAAAAAAUUGACAACUUAAUUUAUUGUUUUGUUUUCUCAUAUAACAACUUUUUAAAAAAGGCUUUUUUUCUUUAAAAUGUCAACUUUAUGCGACUAAAAUGAUGUUAUUUUUCUUAUUAUACAACAUUUUCUCAUUAGAUUACAACUUUUUUUCAUUCAUUCAUUCAUUUUCUACCGCUUUUCCUCACGAGGGUCGCGGGGGGUGCUGGAGCCUAUCCCAGCUGUCUUCGGGCAAGAGGCGGGGUACACGCUGGACUGGUCGCCAGCCAAUCACAGGGCACAUAUAGACAAACAACCAUUCACACUCACAUUCAUACCUAUAGACAAUUUGGAGUCGGUAAUUAA